GGUAUCAUCUGAACUACAAAGCCCACAAUCCUCAGAGCUCAACCGCCCGUUUCGUUUCCGGAAGUUCCUGCUGUAGUUCCCGGCUUCCCUUUCGGUCUUCGGAGCGGUAGAGCAAGGUCGUGAAGGAAGAGGAUAGUGGUGGUGCGGCCAUUAUCUCCGCCGUCCACCCCUGUGCCCCUUGCUGAGCUUCCCGCCGCACCAUGUUGGGCCAGAGUGUCCGGAGGUUCACCACCUCCGUGGUCCGUCGCAGCCACUACGAGGAGGGCCCGGGAAAGAAUUUGCCAUUUUCGGUGGAAAACAAGUGGCGGUUACUGGCGAUGAUGACUGUGUACUUUGGAUCUGGAUUUGCUGCUCCUUUCUUCAUAGUGAGGCACCAGCUUCUUAAGAAAUGAGAAUAUUUAAUUCAACCCUUUAACAGAAUGAAGAUUGUUUAGGAGAUUGAUCUGAAAACUGGAUUAAACUCUUGAACUCUUAUUAAUAAAUAAAAUUGUAAAUAAAUAUGUAACAUAAAUAUUUAAUGCCUCUUUUCUGAAAUAAGGAAUGUGAUAGGGAUAAGCAGUUGCUGGCCAUUAUUUCCCAUGGGCUUAUGUUUAGUAUAAUCUUCACUGAAAAAAAAUUUAAUUGAAAAACUUUAAGUUGACAUUAGGAAAUGAAAAUGUAUUUCCCUAGAUACAAGUUAGCAGACAUUUUGUAGGUAUUCCUCAGACUCCAGAAUGUAGGUAUUUGGUCAAAACCCAAGAUUUGUUUUCAGGACAAGCUUCUGUUGCUUCCAUAUAGUGGUCACUCUGAAGCUGGGCUGGGGUAAUAUCCUGAAGUUAGAGUACACAACAGAAGAAAUUCCUGGCACAGAGCCAGGAAUGACCCCAAAUCCAGGCCAAAUGUAAUGUUAGCACUGGGCUCCUCCUUCCUCUUCUUAAAUUUUAAUCUAAGUAUCAAAACCACUUCCUUGUGAUAAUCAAAAGAAUGUGUGGGCUGGUAUAAGAUCAGGGACUAGUGCCUAGCAUGCAACAUUGAGGGUGUUAAGAUUCCCCAGAAUCCACUUGACAGCUGUCUUUAAGCACAGCUGUGAGAAGCAUGGUGUAGAAGAACAGUAGAUCCCUUAGGCUCAUGGGAUGGCCAACCUACCUGUAUCUUUGAAUCUCAAGUUCAUUUGAAGACCUGUCCCAACCCCACACCUGCAUUCAACCACACAAGAAUGAAGACAGAUCUUAAACAUGUUUGUAGGUUUUAGUAUAGUGUGAUAAACUAAAUGUAUUGUUGAAAAUGGAAAUAAAACGGUUCUGUGAGAGAUGACUAUUUCAUCAACUACCCUGAGUUCUGCCUGGAUUUCAACUUUACCAUGUCUAAAGGUGAUGUGUAGUUUCAUAUAUUCUAUCCUCUUCAGGGGAAGAGUCCUGGAAGAACCAUGGUAUUUAGUCACUUUCCCAUCAUUUCAGCCUCAUGCUGGCACUUCAAUUUUUCUGUAAAGUUUGACACUGUUAAGGCUAUACAAUAUUUUGUCAUUUUGAAAUAAAGACUUCUUAAUUCAUAUAUUUCAUCUAUAAUGAGUGGUAAAUAAACAAAAUAAAGAAAAA